AUGCCCUGUUUGAACAAAGCUUGGCCAACAGGUUUUUUACCGCUGACCCAGCCAACACACGGCGGGGACAUAGUGAGAAAAUUUUCAAGCUCAGAGCACACAUUCAUUAGACAAAAUUUUUUAUCAUUUCGGGUUGAAGGCGCGUGUAAUGACCUUCCCCCGACGGUUGUUCACGCUCCUUCUAGAACCCAGUUUAAAGCACUGUUAGGCACUUAUUUAUGUGAACGACAGCCACUGACCGCCAGAAACAAAAGCGACCCGGGAAACUUGGACAAAAGGCUCGAUCCUGUGUAUCCAUCCCUGUUACUGAUUGGGGAUUCUGGUGUUGGAAAGACGUGUUUGCUGUUUAGAUUCUCAGAAGAUGACUUCAAUUCAACAUUUAUUGCCACAAUAGGAAUCGACUUCAAAAUACGAACAAUCGACAUAGACGGGAAGAAGAUAAAACUGCAAAUUUGGGAUACAGCCGGACAAGAAAGAUUUAGGACUAUCACUACAGCCUACUACAGGGGCGCCAUGGGUAUCAUGCUCGUUUAUGACGUUACAAACGCGAAAUCCUUCAAGAAUAUUAAUCUCUGGAUGCGGAACAUAGACCAGCAUGCCAACCAGGACGUGGAAAAAAUGCUACUGGGUAACAAAUGUGACAUGGUUGAUCAGCGGCAAGUUACACGGGAGGAAGGUCAAGAUCUCGCCAACAUGUUCAGCAUCCCGUUCCUAGAAACCAGUGCCAAAUCUGGUGCCAGCGUCGAUGAUGCAUUCAGACAACUAGCCCGGGACAUCAAAGUAAAAAUGGAAAAGAAAAUGGACAUGGCUGGCCCGCCAAAGCAAGACCUGAAAAACCUGAACAGUGGUCGUCACAAGCGCCAAUUUUGGCGGUGCUCUUUCAAACAGUGUGGUUGGAUUAAAAGCGGUCGAACCUGCGUUCCAGGUCAGUCACCAAUCAAAAACAAAAUUGGUACGCAAAACAUAAGGUUGACGGAAAACUCGGGGACGCCCCCACAUGAUGAGCUCCAAAAGAUCAGAAACCGGUCGUGGGUUGUCGAAGAAUUUUCAGCAACCUUAUGA